GAGAAGUUUCUUCCCUUAAACCCCCGUCAACACGGCAAAGUACCUCUGAUUCUACUCCUCUCUUUCCCUUCUGGGUCUUCCCAAAAUCCAACUCCAGCUUCUUGGGUCCUCCUCAUAAUCCUACGGCCAUGGUGAGAAAAUCGAAGGAGAAGGAGAAGACCGGAGAUGGGUCCGGCUCCGCCGAGGGAUCGGUGGCUCCGUUUCUGAGAAAAUGUUACGAGAUGGUCGACGACGAAGAAAUGGACUCUAUAAUCUCGUGGAGUGAGAGCAAUGACAGCUUUGUGAUUAGGGACGUGACCCAGUUCUCGGUUUUGAUGCUCCCCAAGUAUUUCAAGCACAGCAACUUUUCUAGCUUCAUGAGGCAGCUCAAUAUCUACGGCUUUAGAAAAAUAGAUCCGGAUCAUUAUGUAUUUGCAAAUGAAGGAUUUAUUCGAGGUCAAAAGCAUUUGUUGAAGAAUAUUUUCAGAAGGAAAUAUCCGCAGGGCACAGAUCAGAGUAAAACAUUGCAGCAGAAAGACAAUCAGAGAGACGAUCCUGAUGAACCUUCUGAAGACAUUGAAAGUGGUCUGUGGAGGGAAGUUGAGAACCUGAAGAUCGAUAAGAUCUCUCUAAAGCAAGAGUUGGUGAAGCUUAGGCAGCACCAGGAAAUAUCAGAAAAUAACUUGCUCCUCCUGAGAGAUCGCCUUCAUGGAAUGGAGAAGGAUCAGCAACAGAUGCUCUCAUUUCUGGUGAUGGCAAUGCAAAAUCCUGGGUUUUUAGUUCAGCUGGUUCAGUCAAAAGAACAUAGCUGGCGCUUCGCUGAAGCUGGAAAUAUGCUAGAAGAAGUAGAUGAUGGUAGACCAAUGGCUGCUGAUGGUGCCAUAGUAAGGUACCAACCUCCUAUGGAUGAAGCACCAGAGCCUGUCUUCACACCACAUUCGGGUUCGGAGGUUCAACCAGAAAUAGAUUCUUUUGUGAAUUCUGAUGGUGUAAUAGUAAGGUACCAACCUGUAGAUGAAGCGCCAGAUCCUGUAUUCACACAGAAACAACCAGAAUUUGAUUCUUAUCCCGAUGGAGUGGGAGAUUCUUUCAUGAAUUCUGAUGGUGCAAUAGUAAGGUACCGAUCGCCUAUGGAUGCAGCACCAAAGCCUAUACUCACACAGAGUUCAGGCUCAGGAAAACAACCAGAGUUUGAUUCUUACCCUGAUGGGAUGAAAGAUUUUUUUGUGAAUUCUGAUUUAGUGAAAAUGCUAAUGGAUGAUAAGUUGAGCCCUCGAGAAAAUCACGCCCCAUUUAUCCUGCCAGAUGCUGAUGUUGAUGAUAAUGCAUGGGAGAAGCUUCUUUUAACUAGUUAUUUGUUAGAAAAUACUGAAGGUGCAAAGGAAGAAAGAAAAGAGCCCGAGGAUUCUAGAAUGGAGGUCGAAUCAACAGCAGCUGAGUUGGACGAAUCCAAAAUUUUUGAUUCUUUAAUAGAACAAAUGAACAAAUCAGUUCAUGGAUCUAAUAUGGAGAACUCUCAGAAUUUGAAAUUCAUUGGUGAACAUCUGGGUCUCAUGGCUUCCGAGCCCAACAAGAAACAAGAAACACAGUUGGGGAAGUAACAGGAUUUUAUAUCGGUUCUUGUGAUAGCUUAUAAUGGGAUAACUGUAGUCCCAGUCCAUCUUUCUUACACAAGUAACAAAUAUUUUGAUGGCUACAAUCUUUGGGGAGACCAACAUGUUUAAAGUUUUGGUGUUUCUAUAUGUAAAUUCAAAUGUUACUACUUGAAGCAGAAUAUAUGUUGUCUGUGCCAAAUGUAGUGAGCUUCCUUUUUCCUAAUCUCACUGGGUAUACUUUUUCAACUACUGUUUUCAUUGUAACUUCAUGGGGACGCCAAAUGCUGUUCCUAUUAACGAUUGAUGUAGAUAUGAGAUUGUGCACUCUGUCUCUGAGGCCUUGUAUAAAAUGACUGCUCAGAGCGUAAGUUUCUUACUUUGUUCUUUUGCUAAAUUCAAACCAUGAGUUGAGAUUUGAGAAGUAUAUAGGAAAUGAAUUGAGCACAGUUAUUCGAUAUAUGAAUAAUCUUUCUUUGAUUUGUA